UUGUGUGUGAACUCGGCUGUUACUGCUGCCCCUGACGCCGUGCGUCGUGCACCCACGUACGUCGCUGCUGCUGCUGGCGCUCCCGCUGCUGCUGUCGCCGGCCUGUGUUUUGCACCUGUGUUGUUGCUGCUGCCGCUGCUGUUAUUGCUCCGCCCGUGGUUAGGGUGUUAGCGUGGGUUUAGGACAUUACUGGGCGUCUAGUCACGUUAUAACGGGAGUAGGUGGACAGUGCUACGUCGUAACGUGCUGUUGGAUUCACACGUGUGUGAGAGAGAGCGAGAUGAAGGGAUACAGAGCGCGGCCGCCCGUAGCUGUAAAGUAUGCUACCUUACCGCGGGCCGCUGCCGCCGCCGCCGCCACGACCAGCUCUGCCGCUCAGUUCAAGUGGAUGUUGGACAUGAGUAGGCGGGCGCGGUACCUCCUCCAUGGGGAUGGCUUCAUGGACAAUCCCAGCUUCUCGGACAGCGACAGAGACGCGCGGGAGCAUCAGUCGUCACCGAAGCCGGAGGGCCGGCUCAUGGGUCUCGCUCCCAAGUCUGCAGGCUACACAGAGUUCAUGCAGGUGUCACGGUCGAGUGACACGCUGGACCGGGCGUUGGACACUCGAUGGUCCAGUGGCAGCAGCACCGUCGCUCCUAGCAGCAGGACGGCGGCCAAAAGCUACGACGCCGUUGUGUUUGACGUUCUCAAGGUCGCUCCGGAAGAUUUUGCUAGUCAGAUAACGUUAUUAGACCUUCCAAUUUUCCAAGAUAUCAAGCCUGAGGAAUUGACAAGCUGUGCAUGGAACACGAAGGAGAAGCAUAUCAAAACACCAAAUAUUGUGCUAAUGACCAGAAGGUUUAACCAUGUGAGUUUUUGGAUAGUGAAGGAGAUACUAGGAGCUCAGUCAUUCAAGCUCAUGGCUGAUGUGCUAACACAUUUCAUAAAACUUGCCAAAAAGCUACACGAGCUCAAUAACCUCCACGCUGAAUUCGCUGUGAUAUCCGCAUUGCAAAGCGCACCAAUAUUCAGAUUGUCGAAAACGUGGGCGUUGGUCUCGAAGAAAGACCGGUCUACGUUCGACAAACUUGCAGACGUGUUCUCAGAGGAAAACAACAGGCAAAAGCUGCGAGAUUAUAUGAGCAACAUCAAGCUACCGGUUAUUCCAUAUCUAGGCAUGUAUCUGACAGAUCUGGUGUACAUAGACGUCGCUCACCCUCACUCCGGCGGUCUGGAGAGUCAACAACGUCUGCUGCUAAUGAACAACAUCCUGCGUGUGAACGCUGACUUCCAGCAGUCACAGUAUGAUCAGUUGCCGCCGUUGCAGCACAUUCAGAACUACCUAAAGUCAGUGCGUUACAUAGAGGAGCUACAGAAGUUUGUGGAGGAUGACAACUUCAAGUUAUCACUGACCAUAGAACCACUGACUACGCCAGCUGCUACCAAUGCCGUCGCAUCGAAAGCGAAGGAGGACGUUGGACUGGUUCCCUCGUCACCCGCCAAAACUCACUCGUUUCGCCAGCCGCCCUGUAGCUCUCCGCGCCUCGUGCAGGCUCACCGCAAGACACGCAGCUUAGGAACAAAUUUCCUUCAUUUACAAGCACCACCUGAAUUUCAAGGGGUGAGCCAGCUUCCAGUGCAGGACAGCGUGCGCCACCUGCUGGAUGAUUCGGUGCUGGAGGAAUCACCGUGCGCGUCGCGCGAGGGCUCCAUCUGUGGGCAGCUGGCAGAGAUUGUGAGCGAGGAUUCAGCAGUCACCGACGAACAGGAGAAAGAUGGACCUGUCGAUGCAACUGAAGAGCUGAUACCUCAGGACGUGCUAAGGACGGCCAACUUCAAGUGUCAGGGCUGCCUGCGGCGAAAGACGGUGCUGAAGGAUAGGAAAAAACCGCCGGUAACGUCAUGGACUCGCUACUGGGUGGCGUUGUGGGGCACGUCGCUGCUCUACUACCCGGCAAAGGCGCUGCGUGGCAACGAGCGGUCGGACUACAAGCACAACCCGUGUAAGAUGCACUCGAUAGUCGCAUGGGACAUCGUCAUGGUCGGCAUAGACCCGAUGCAGUCUAACACGUUUCAACUCAUCGAUCCAGUCAAAGGAAAUAUCUACAAGUUCCGGGCAGAUUCCCUCGGCAGGGCGCAGGACUGGUGUAGAGCAUUGUCGGAAGCUUCACAGUCAUAUCAGCCAAAACCACCUGCAAACCUGAUGACCUUUGAGUGACCUUUAAUUCAAUAUCGGUGUCAGUCGAGAUCUCACUCGGAUGGGAAUGCACGUCCUGGCUGGGAUGAUGUCGGUGGACAUGGCCCACCUGCAAUGAUUAUGGACACAUGCCACCUCGGGGUGAUGGGCUGGAUAUACAUCUCUUCCAGGAUCAGGGGGAUAGACAAAUCUCACCUGGGAAGAUGGUUGUGGGCACAUCCUGCCUGCUAUGAUGGGGGCUGAUAUAUCUCUGUCUGGGAUGAUGGGGAUGGACACAUCCUGUCUGGGAUGAUGGGGAUGGACACACAUCCUGCUGAGAAUGAUGGGGAUGGACACACGUCCUGCCAGCAGGAGAGAAGCCAAUUGCUGCUAGCCUACAAGAAUCUCACACUUGUGUACUCAGUCAUGCUGUGUCAGUCGUGGCACAGCUGUGUCGCCCGCGGGGCGUGCUCACUUAACACGGUAGUCAUUCUAAUCUGCUACAGGCCAUCAGAGUUAACCAUGAUACCUGUUCGCACACCACUAUGUAAAUAUAUUGCAAUUUUUAAGCGCAAAGAGUUGAGGCUCGGGUCGGUAAUGUAAGGUAAGGUUAUUUCUAUGUACAUUUCUGAUACGCGGAUGUACGGUUCUCAGUGCUGUCACCGUGGCUUUGCGGUUAUUUGGAAUACGCAGUGUAACAGUAGCACAGUGAACAACAGUACAUGUCAGAGUUGUCUCCUUCUUUGAGAGCAUGAGAAACGUGUUCGAUGUGAUCGUGAAAACUGAAUAGUGAAAGCUGUGGUUCGUUGACGACGUUUUGAAAUCUGCCCUGUUCUGGAAACUGUGCUGCUGGCUGCUGCGACUAUAGCCACCAAUGUAUGUGUGCAUUAGUCCGUAUGUACGUGCCUGCAUUAUUGCAUGCGUGCAUGUGUGGCUAGGUGUACACGUGUCCACUUGUAUGGCUGGGUGUGGGUCUGGGUCUGUUGGUGCUUGGUACUUUACUCUAUGCAGAGGCUUGAUGAUUUUAGCUAUAGCGCAGGGUUGGGUUAUAUUAGCUUUUAUCCUAGCGCGAGAGCAUUGCCUGUGUCAGGGUCUGUGUAGACGUGCAGUAGGGAUCUGUAUGUAAAUAGGAUGGGCAGAAUGGUUUUAGCAUAAAACAGUAAUAGAGGGCUGCGAACAGGGUUGUGUGUGGUAGCACCGGUAUUGCUGUCAUCGUCAUCAUCAGCUUCUGCAUUGUCAUCGUCAUCUUCAUUGGUAUCAUAAUGAUCGUCAUUGCCAUCAUCAUCAUCAUUAUCAUCGUCAUCGCCGUCAUCAUUGUCAUCAUCGUCAUCGUCGUUGUUGUCUUCAUCAUCAUCGCCGUCAUAAUCGUCACCGUCGCCAGCAUUAGCUGCUGCGCAACGGAUUGUGUCCGUUACUGUGACGAGAAAUGCUGUGUGUUUCAUAACACGAGCAAUUCAAUCAGUUAGCUUGGCAAUAUAGCUUGUCAGUGAUUUAAUGUAAGGAUAUUUAUUUUUAAUGUACUCACGCACAAUGCACUGUACGUUAAGGUAAGGCUAAACAAGAUGCUAUGCCCGAUAUAUCCUCAUCUGCAAAUAAACUUUCUUGGAGCAAAGUGAUGGUGACACUGAUUGCCAUGACUAAUUGAUUGAUCUGGUGGCGGAACCUGACAAUAUCGGUGCAAUUAAUUGAUCCACGUGUGCUUCCACCUCGCAGAGACUGGCAUAGACUUAGAACUACUGUGUUUUAUAAUGUUCUCUUCACUAUUACAGCACUUUACCGCCACCCUCACAGCCUCGUGAUAUAGUAGGGUGUCUGGCAGUGUGGGCGAAGGUUGUCGUGGAUAGGCUUGAAUUAUUGGUAGUGUACGUGACUAAGUUUGCAUAAUUCGUUUUAAGGGAUCGUAGCUUUCUCGUGGAGUGUAUGUAUAUUAUGUGUAUGUAAACAGGCGUGGUGAGGUGUUUUGGAGUGUAUGUAUGCGUGCCCAGGCAUCACUGAGUAGAAAGAUUUUUGGUGCUCCAGAAGUUUUAUUUUGUUAAGUGAGCGAUGUCAGUGGUUCGUUGAACAAACUAGAUCUGACGAGUAUUUCUGUUGUCACAUUUUAGUCUUUGUUUUUGUUUUUUGUAAAUUCAUGCAUUUUACUGAUGCUUUUGUACAUAGAAUUUUAAACGGUACUGUACAGUGUUGGAAACCAAAAUGUGCAUAAGUCUAGUUCACGAAAAGUCUUCUUAACAUCGUCGUAAAAUCAAAAUCGCGUGCAUGUUUCUCACUGUAAGAAGGAACGGUUGUAAAGACAAGCAAAUGAGGUAUUUCUCAUCGUCGUGAGCUGGCAUCAUAGCAGCGAAGUGAUAGGUAAACGUGACGUCAUGAUUUCCAGAUGAAAAUCUUUUGAAUCUGUUAAGAUGCUCUGCACCAGAACGGUGUCAUUACAGACGUAGACAUGUAUAACAUUUUUGUAGUUCUGCCCUAAGCGGAGACAACCGCGUGUCUGUUUGUGCGUGCCUGCGUGCGCUUGCACGUGUAUUAUGUAUAAAAGUGCGUGCAUGCGGGCCGGCAGACGUGUGUGCUUGCACGCGAUAUGUAGCAUACAAGAUAUGUGUAUUCAAGCAUUCAGUUGGUAUACAUAUAUUAGCUCUUGAUAUACAUAUAUAUAUAUGUAUAUAUGUAUAUAUAUAUAUAUAUGUAUAUAUAUAUAUAUAUAUAUAUAUAUAUGUAUGUAUGUAUACAUGCAGCUGAAUGCUUUCAGUCCUGUGUGCUGAGAUGCUACCUUUUAGCUUAAAAUAAAUUCUAAGUUGUUAGACUGUAUAAUAA